GUUCUACUGGGACUUCACCAUGUUGCUCUUCAUGGUGGGCAACCUGAUCAUCAUUCCUGUCGGCAUAACCUUCUUCAAAGACGAGACCACAGCUCCCUGGAUCGUCUUCAACGUGGUGUCUGACACCUUCUUCCUCAUGGACCUGGUUAUGAAUUUCCGGACGGGCAUCGUCAUCGAGGACAAUACGGAGAUCAUCCUGGAUCCCGAGCGGAUCAAGAAGAAGUACUUGAAGACGUGGUUUGUGGUGGACUUUGUCUCCUCUAUUCCUGUGGAUUAUAUCUUCCUCAUUGUGGAGAAAGGCAUCGAUUCCGAGGUCUACAAGACCGCUCGCGCCUUGCGCAUCGUCCGCUUCACCAAGAUCUUGAGUCUCCUGCGGCUGCUGCGUCUCUCUCGUCUUAUUCGCUACAUUCACCAGUGGGAGGAGAUUUUCCACAUGACAUACGACCUGGCUAGUGCAGUGAUGCGAAUCAUCAACCUCAUUGGCAUGAUGCUACUUCUGUGUCACUGGGACGGCUGCCUUCAGUUCCUCGUUCCGAUGCUGCAGGAUUUCCCUAGUGAUUGCUGGGUCUCCAUCAACGGCAUGGUGAACGAUUCCUGGAGCGAGCUGUACUCCUUUGCCCUCUUCAAGUCCAUGAGCCACAUGCUCUGCAUCGGAUACGGGCGCCAGGCGCCGGAGAGCAUGACCGACAUCUGGCUGACGAUGCUGAGCAUGAUCGUGGGAGCCACCUGCUAUGCCAUGUUCAUCGGCCAUGCCACAGCCCUCAUCCAGUCCCUGGAUUCCUCCCGGCGCCAGUAUCAAGAAAAGUACAAACAAGUGGAACAAUACAUGUCUUUCCACAAACUACCUGCUGAUUUCCGGCAAAAGAUCCAUGACUACUAUGAACAUCGCUACCAGGGCAAAAUGUUUGAUGAGGACAGCAUCCUUGGGGAACUUAAUGAGCCUUUGCGAGAGGAGAUCGUCAACUUCAAUUGUCGCAAACUGGUGGCCUCCAUGCCGCUCUUUGCCAACGCUGACCCCAAUUUUGUCACAGCCAUGCUCACCAAACUGAGAUUUGAAGUAUUCCAGCCAGGCGACUACAUCAUCCGAGAGGGCACCAUCGGGAAAAAGAUGUACUUCAUCCAGCACGGAGUGGUCAGCGUCCUCACAAAAGGGAAUAAAGAGAUGAAGCUUUCAGAUGGUUCCUAUUUCGGAGAGAUUUGCCUCCUGACCAGAGGGCGGCGAACUGCAAGUGUCCGUGCGGACACAUAUUGUCGCUUGUAUUCCCUCUCGGUGGACAAUUUUAAUGAAGUCCUAGAGGAAUACCCCAUGAUGAGGCGGGCUUUCGAAACAGUCGCCCUGGAUCGCUUGGAUCGCAUUGGGAAGAAGAAUUCCAUCCUCCUGCACAAGGUGCAGCACGACCUCAAUUCAGGAGUCUUCAACAACCAGGAGAACGAGAUCAUCCAAGAGAUUGUCAAGUACGACCGGGAGAUGGUUCAGCAAGCAGAGCUCCAGCAGCACACCGCCAUGUACACCCCAGCUCAGCCCCAGGUGACCUCGGCGAUCGCCACGCUCCAGCAGGCGGUGGCUAUGAGCUUCUGCCCCCAGAUGGCCAGCCCACUGGUCGGCCCAAUCAGCCUCGGGUCCCCACGGAUGGUCCGCCGGCUCCAGUACCAGGGAGGUAUCCCCGGGGCCUUCUCCAUCUCGCCGGCAUUGCUCCAGCAGCAUCACCAGCACCAACAGCAGCAGCUCAACCUACAGCAGCAGCAGCAGCAACAGGGUGUCCCAAUGCCACAGAAUGUGCCACGGCCCCCGCAGCAGAAUGCCCCACUCCAGCAGCAGCCCCCACCUCCCCAGCCUCCUCCAGCCUCUUCCACCAGCCCCUUCCCCUCUGUAGUGUCCAGUCCCCCUUCCCAAAGCCCCCACACCAGCCGGACGUUCCCGUAUGGGGGUGCCAAGGGUCAGUCGGGUUCCCAGCUCUCGCUAACUCAGCAGAAGCCGCCUGGCUCGCCGCAGCGGCUGGCGGCCCACAAGAGCACCCAGGCCCUUCACACAAGCAGUCUCAGCCAGGAGACUCGGCCGCUCUCCGCCUCCCAACCCUCCCUUCCCCACGGCAUUUCUCAGACCCUGAGCCAGAGCCCGCCGUCCUCGGCUCACGCGUCCACCGCUUCGAUCGCCACAGGGCAGGGAGCCUCCCCAUCGUCGCCUGCCACUUCGACCCAGAAUGCUGGUAACACCCCACAAGCCGCAUCGCGGCCGGCUGCCCGGCUGCCCCACCAGAUGUCCAUGGCUGCAGCGUACCCUGGGACAGCUGCCGUGGCGGGCAUCCAGCAGGACUCGGGUAGUGCCCGCAAGGAUUCCAUCAUUAGUGCUCCUGAUACGGACUCAGCAAAGUCUAGGCUUCCGUCCAAUUUGUGA